CCAGCAGACUGAUGCGCCCAUCCUCUCGUUGUCCAACGGAGGCUGCAGAACUGAUGACUGAUAAAGAGCUGACGCACUUCGCACUUCUUCUGCGGCUCGUUUUGCAAAAUACCCACUCCUGAACCUGCUGCCGGGGUGUCAGGAAAAUAAGGAGCGAGGCUCACCAAAAUAAGGUCAGACAGCAACACUGCCUUCCUCGCCCUUUUGCAGAUCGUUGUCUGUUGUUGUCUAAACUGGUUGUACUUGUUCAUUGGGAAAACAUGGCGUCUGAUGCUUCUGUUGAUACCUUUCCUGAUACUGUACAGCGAGUUCAUGCGCCUUUUGGGAUGGGUGUGCCUGCGGGAAAAGGCGCGUCGCUGCCCGUCUUCUAUGCUUUUCUCAUCCUCAUCCCCAUCCCGGGCGGCGUCGGAGGCGGGAAAAUCCUGGUAUUCCCCGAGGACGGGAGCCACUGGGUGAACAUGCAGGUGAUUCUGCGCGAGCUGCACGGCCGAGGCCACGCCCUGACGGUGGUGCGCUCGGUGCAGAGCUGGUACAUCACGGAGAACCCGGCGCUGUACGCGUCCGUCAACGUGGACCCGCCGCCGUCCGAGGGCUUCAGCGCCGAGAUGUUCGCGGGGCUGCUGCGGCGCUCGCUGCAGGUGCAGCGCAUGUCGUCCGCGCGUCACUUCCUGGAGCAGCAGCGCGACGUGGCGCACACGCUGCGCCUCAUCCACGCCGCCGUGCUCCAGAUCAUCUCCGCCAUUCUGGAAGAUUCCGCGCUGACCGCCCGGCUGCGCCAGGAGCGCUUCGACCUGCUGCUGACCGACCCGGCGUUCCCCGCCGGCGUGCUGCUCGCCAGCUACCUGGACCUGCCGCUCGUCUACAACGUGCGCUGGAUCAACACGGGCGACGCCCACAUGGCCAUCGCCCCGUCGCCGCCGUCCUUCGUGCCCGUGUACAACUCCUUCCUGCCCGCGCGCAUGACCCUGUGGCAGCGCGUGCAGAACGCCGUGCGCUACGCCGCUAGCGUGCUGCUCGAGCGCUACGUCCUGGUGCCCGUCUACGACGAGCUGAUCGCGCGGCACUUCCCGCCGGGCGCCGACCUGCUGUCCAUGCAGCGCCGCGCCGACAUCUGGCUCAUGCGGGUGGACUUUGUGUACGACUUCCCGCGCCCAACCAUGCCCAACGUGGUCUACAUCGGCGGCUUCCAGUGCAGGCCGCCUCGGCCGCUGCCCGACGAGCUGGAGGCGUUCGUGCAGAGCUCCGGCGAGCACGGCAUCAUCGUGAUGUCCCUGGGCGUUCUGAUCGCCACGCUGCCGAAGGACAUCACCGAGGCCAUCGCCGAGGCGUUCGCCCAGCUCCCUCAGAAGGUCCUGUGGCGCUACAUCGGCGAGCGCCCGUCGACUCUGGGCAACAACACCCUGCUGGUGGACUGGCUCCCCCAGAACGACCUGCUGGGGCACCCCAAGACGCGGGCCUUCGUGGCGCACGGCGGCAACAACGGAAUGUACGAGGCCAUCUACCACGGCGUUCCCGUCGUGGCGCUGCCGCUCCUUUUCGACCAGUUCGACAACUCCCUCCGGCUCCAGGUGCGCGGCGGCGCACGCGUGGUCAGCACGGCGACCCUCACCGCCGCCGUCUUCAAGGACGCGCUCGAGGACGUCAUGGAGGACCCGUCGUACCGCGAGGCCAUGCGCCGGCUCUCGCGCCUGCACAGGGAUCAGCUCGUCUCGCCGCUCGACACCGCCACCUUCUGGAUCGAGUACGUCAUGCGGAACAAGGGCGCAGCCCACCUGCGGCCGGAGUCCUGGGACAUGCCCUGGUACGUCUAUCACAGCGUGGACGUGGUGCUGUUGCUCCUGGCCCUGGCCUGUCUGACUGUGGCGGUUCCUGUUGUUACCUGCAGGGCUCUGUGUCGGGCGGUUUUCAAGAAGAAGAGAAAAGUGGAGUGAAAUUUAUGUCGUUAUGCUUCAUUUUGUUUUGUUGUAGGAAGAGGGGUUAGGUAACGUUUUUGCUUAGUUUUGUUCUGUUUUGUUUUGUUUUAAAAGGGGUUUGGUUAAGUGUUUGCUUUGUUUUGUUUUGUUUUGUUUAUUUAGGAAGAGGAAUACAUUUGACAUUUUUGUACAUUUUUGUUUUGAAAUAGCAAUAAUUAAGAAAAAAACAAGUGAGUAAAAGCCAAGCUAGGCCAAAGUAGGGGUGGGUUUAAAAAAAGAUUCAAAUAUGAAUUUCAUUUAUAUAAAUCAAUAGCCUAUUCUAUGUAUUUGCUUCAUGCUUACUUCAUACCAAAAAAAUGACACAGAGGUUGAGAAUUCUGUUCUUUUCUCUCUGUAAGUUGACUGGAUUUCCAUAUAUUCCUCUGUGUGUGAUUAAAACCAAAUGAGCUUG